AAUUGAUAUGAGGAUAUUCGAUAGGAAAGAAGCAGCUUUAUGAGUUUUAACCGAUUCCGGCAGGGUGAUGGGUGGUGAGCGGCUCGCACCAUACAAAAGAAGCGCCAAAGAAUUUGGAUCCACAUAGCAACUAUCUCUUUCUCUCUCCGAUUUGUCUAUGCAAUCUCUUACGCUACCUAAAUUCGCCGCUAAUCCUCCGCCACCUUUCUUCUUUCGCUGCGCUGCUCACGCACCUCAUCGUCACUCCAUUUCACUCUCUUUACAGAGUGAAAAUAACAUUACAGAAACCAUGGAUCGCCUAACCAGUGCUGCUCGUCUCAUGAUAGUUUCUGAUCUUGAUCACACAAUGGUUGAUCAUCAUGAUCCCGAGAACCUUUCUCUGCUCAGGUUUAAUGCCUUGUGGGAAGCCAAUUACCGCAAUAACUCUUUGCUGGUGUUCUCAACUGGGAGAUCACCUACACUUUACAAAGAGUUGAGGAAAGAAAAGCCGAUGCUAACCCCCGACAUUACCAUUAUGUCUGUGGGUACUGAAAUAACAUAUGGUAACGCAAUGGUGCCAGACAAUGGUUGGGAAGAAUGUUUGAACCAUAAAUGGAACCGAAACAUAGUAACCGAGGAGACUAGCAAAUUCUCUGAAUUGAAACUCCAGUCAGAAACUGAGCAACGUCCACACAAGGUUAGCUUUUAUGUCCAGAAGGACAAGGCUGAAGAAGUAACAAAAGCUCUUUCUACUCGUUUAGCUGAACGUGGGCUGGAUGUCAAAAUAAUUUAUAGUGGGGGGAUGGACUUGGAUAUUUUGCCACAAGGUGCCGGCAAAGGUCAGGCUCUUGCAUAUUUGCUCAAGAAAUUGAAAAGUGAGGAUAAAUUGCCUGUAAACACCCUUGCCUGUGGUGAUUCUGGAAAUGAUGCUGAAUUGUUUAGCAUUCCAGAUGUUCAUGGUGUGAUGGUUGCUAAUGCUCAGGAGGAAUUGUUACAAUGGCAUGCUGCAAAUGCCAAAGGCAAUCCGAAAAUAAUUCACGCAACAGAGAGAUGUGCAGCAGGCAUCAUCCAAGCCAUUGGCCAUUUCAACCUUGGUCCUAGUACGUCUCCGAGAGAUGUCACAGACUUGCUAGAUUCUAAGGAGAGCGUUGAUCCUGCUUAUGAAGUCGUGAAAUUAUUUUUGUUUUUUGAGAAAUGGAGGCGCGGAGAAAUUGAGAACUCGGAGGCUAACCUGGCAAAGAUGAAAGAUUUCUGUUGUCCAUCUGGCGCUUUUAUCCACCCAUCAGGCGUUGAGAAAUCUCUUCAGGACUGUAUAAGUUCAUUAAGAACGUGUUAUGGAGACAAGCAAGGGAAACAGUUCCGCAUUUGGGUGGAUCAAGUUAUACCUGUGCAGGUUGGUUCAGACUCGUGGUUAGUGAGGUUCAAGAGGUGGGAGCUCUCUGGUGAAGAACAACAAUGUCGCUUGACCACUGUUCUACUAAGUUCAAAGGAUGUGAGUGUUGCACAAGGUCUCAAAAGCAUGUAUGUGCACCAGACAUGGCUGGAUGGAGCUGCAGCAGCAAAGGAGGACAGUUCAACCUGCUUCUUCUAGACUGUAAUCUCAUCUCAAAUACGGAGUAUCACUUUUCUUGUAUUUCCUCCCUCAGAAUAAGACGGAAUCUUAACUGUUCUUUUUUUCUUUUUUAUUUUCCUAGAUAAAUAAAUUUUGUAUAUAGAAAUACAAUCGAAAUCCAUGACUAUAAGUAUUAUAUUUUCAUUAAAAAA